AUGGCUGUCGUUGACUGUGAUGACUCGUUCAAAGCAAAGAUCCAGUAUCUUGCGAGAGACGAGCAGCACCGGUUGGUGAAGCCAUAUUAUUUGCACUUCAACUACGAGUCUGAUCUUCCUCCAACAAACACAUCCCCCGAUGAUCGAUUUGUCCACAUCCGUAAUGCUCGGAAUCUGCAGAUUCCGUCGAAAGAGAUGUUCCUUCAGAAGGGGUUUACUCAGCUGCACCUUGAUUGUUCUUUAACACCUGAGGAUUAUUGCGACGAUAAGAAAGUAGAGGAAGUUCUAUACCCGAAAUACAUAUCAGCUGCCCGGCAUUUGUUCCCAAAUGCUGCGCGAAUUGAAGUCCUAGAGCACGCAGUGAGCAAAAGACCAGAUCGUUUGAAGAUUAAACACUUCGGAAUGCUGACCUGCGGGAACCAGGUUCGCAAACGUCACCCUCUUUGGCUAUCUGAGAGCUUAGAACGACACGAGCUUAACACAAAUCAACCGAGCGAUUAUGUGCACAUUGGUACGCGCUGA